GGUGCUUCCGGGAGAAGGCCAAGGGAAAAGGUGGGACUUCUCGGAGGAAGCCGCCGAGGGUACUGGAGAGCCUCAAGCCCUUCCAGUGGUAGCAGAGGAGGACGAGGAGGAGCCUGAAGUGGCUCUGAUUCGCAAGCGUAAGGGCAAGAUGAUUGCCCAGGACGAGCCGAAGAGGCCUCGGAGGGCCGACACUCCUGCUCAUGGCCUAGACGGCGGGGUUUCCCCGAUGGAGGAAAAUCCUGCUCCUCCUCACAUUGAUCUUACCCCGAUUCCGAGGGAUGAGGUGAGGCAGGAGCUUCGCAUAGCCAAACACAACUACGCUAUGGACGAGUACUCCCGGGGGUAUGCCGAGGUGGAGGCCCUUAGGAGGAUUCUGUGAGCUGAGGUUGAGGCGAGCAUCAACCAUCCGGACUAUCAUGAUCCAUGGAACCUCAACCUGGACCCCUUAACGGACUGGUUCCGUCCCCUCCUAGGGCCCACUUUUGCUCCCUUUGCCGCGGAAAUGACCGGUGAGUUCGCUUCUCAGCUUACACGCUGCGCGCCCAAGCGGUUUGCCACUUGUGCCUCCUUGAACUCUAUCUUCCAGGUCCAGGACCUCAGCCAUUCCCUCACAGUACUUGCUGCUGAGGCUGGUCGCCUCUCCAGGAACAUCAUAAACCAUGGCUUCGCUCUGUCCGACUUUGGGGACAUGAACGACGUCAGGAAGGUCCUCCAAGACCUCACAGCGGAGAGGCAGAUCUACCAGGAGGCGGCCGAGCGCCAGGAGGCAGCGGCCAAGGCCAAGGAAGAGAAGGCCAAGGCCAAGGAAGAGGAGGCAUCUCGACAAUGGUAUGAAAAACUAAGCACAACUCUUCUCGAAUAA